UAAACAGAUUGUUUUUCAGAUUAAUAACUAAACGAUGACGUAAGUUGGUUUAGUUAGAAAGAAAGGUUGUUAAAGGAGAAUCUAGUUCAUCCAACCAAGAAUUUUUUAUUCUUACCUUUAUUUGACGAAUCUUCAUAAAUUGGGUACAAUUUGAGUCCUAGUUUCUCUAUGAACAGAAAUGGCGAAACCUCGUGGGAAAAUCUUGAUGAUGUUUGAGAACAGGGGUGGAAUUCAAACCUUCCGCUGUACCCUUUGUCCAUCGACUUUCAGUACAAAGGAGAAGUGUAUUGCACACAUCAGAGCUGUUCAUCUCACAAAGGGAACCGAGUGUAAAUUCUGUGGCAAAUCGUACAAGAAAAUACAGCAGCAUAUUUCUGAUAUACAUUGUGACCUGGAGUUUAAAUGUGAUAUGUGCAGCAAAUUAUUUGCAUCUUCUCGGCUCUUGAAGAGACAUAUUGAAAUGUAUCAUCUACGGGAUGAAAAUGUUGUAACUACAAGUAUGGCGCGCUGUGAAGUUUGCAGAAUUGGUUUAGAUUAUCGAAAAAGAGUUCAGCAUAUAGAGCUCAGCCAUCUUUUACCCCCGGAGUUUAAUGUACCUUGUCCUGUUUGCAAGAUCAGCGUUAAGUUCCUCCCCUUCCACCUCAACAAAUGUCACAAGAAGAUUAACAUCAAGCGGGACUUGUUCCCCUGUAGAAAAUGUAGACGAUACUUCCUAACCAUGUCGGAGCUGAAAGCGCAUGAUACUAAUCAUGUUUCUUAUUCUUGUCAAAUCUGCGAACUUGUAUUCCAUGAGUUCCUACAACUGGGUUGGCACCUCAUGCAAACCCAUCACAAGGUUUUUAAUCUUGGAGUUAGGAAUAGAAGUAAACGGGCUGGGAUACAGGAGGACUUAAACAAUCUUAAACUUUUUGACUUUGAUCCUGAUGAACCGGAUUCAGAUGAUGUUGAUGAUGAGAUCCAAGAUGAAGUUAAUGCUGUUGAGGAUGAAGAUGGCGCGGAGGAGGGGCUAAAACAAGAGAAUAGAAAAGAUAUCUCUGAGAUAAAAACCUUCAGUGUUUUUGUGAACGAGGACGAAAUUGUGAUAGAAACAACUCCUUAUAUGACUAGGUCUGAGGAAGAAUAUGUGAUAAAGUCCAACCCAGAUUAUUAUGUUCCCUCGAACCCGGUGAUGGAGGACGAGGAAAAUGUUAAAAUAUCCAGGGUUACUAAUCCUUUAGAGUUGGUAAGCUCCUGUGAUCAAGAUGAAGUGUCCGACCCUGCACCCGGAGUAGAGUAUUCAUCCAAUCCCAAGGAGGGGAUACAACACACCACGGUUGCCGGACAGGAGUACUUCUAUAUUGUCGAGGCUUCUGAUAUGGUUCACGAUGUAGUUACUGGAGUACACGAGGUAGAGGUUGAUGAUGUUCAGUUUGAGGAGGUUCACGAAAAUCUGGAGGUGGCAGAGGAUGAGGAUGAGGAAAAAUUGGAUGAGGAUGUUGAGAGUAUGGAUGAGGAUGAGAACACAGGGAAAGAUGAGGAGUUGGUGACCAAACUUAGAAUUAUUCUUGCUGCGGAGAAGAAGAUAAAUCUUAAUUUCCCCUCAAGGAAGGAUGUUCCUAGAGACCUGAGAAAUAUUAAGCUUGAAGAUGACGAUGAAACCCUGCUCCGAUCUCUAGCCCGGGAUGAAGGUAUAGAAUUAAGUGAUCUGAGCAGGUUACAGGUUUGCCCGGCUCCAGAAAACCGUGGAGAUAGGGUAUCUAAAAACCGGUUCAAGUUUACAAACAGCAGGCAGGCACACGUUUGUCCGUACUGCAGGGUUGUUUUAAAAACUAGAUAUACCCUACAGUCCCAUAUCAGUGUUAAGCACUUUAAUAACAAACCACUGAUUUGUACUCAAUGCCGUAAAUCAUUUGCAAAUAAUUCGGAUAUAAAGAAGCACAUGAAAACACACGAACCUGAGGAAAUGGAGAAAUGUGAUGUGUGCAAUAAGGAUUACAGGAAGGGAUAUUUAGCGAGACAUAAACAGUUUGCACACAGUCUGUCUGCGAAUAUUCCUGCAGAUUGUGAUAUAUGUGGAAAAUCUUUUAAGAAAAGAGAAAUUAUGAUGCAACACAGGCGAAGAAUUCAUAGAUUGAACAAAGUAUAAUUAAUUUUCUUGUUCUAAAGUAUGUUUUAUUAUGUGUAUGAAAUUGUAUAUUUAUGAUGAUCUAAAAUAAAAAAUAUUACUUUUUA